UGCUGCUGGCCCCGGCCCCGUGCUCGCCGCCGGCCCCGUUCCUGCUCAUCCUGGUCCCCAGCGCGCCCUCGCACCGGGAUCGCCGCCUGGCCGUGCGCGACACCUGGGGCGGCCCCUGGGGGGACUCGGGGACCCCCCCGAGCCGCACCGUGUUCGUGCUGGGGGUCACCGCCAACCCGGACACCCGGCGGGAGCUGCUGGCCGAGUCGCGACGGCACGGCGACAUCCUGCAGGGCGACUUCGGCGACACCUACGCCAACCUCACCUGGAAGACGCUGCUGCUGCUGCGCUGGGCCCGCGCCUGCUGCGGGGGGGCCCCGUUCCUGCUCAAGGCCGACGACGACGUCUUCGUGCACGUGCCCGCCGUCGCCGCACACCUGGCCGCGUGGCCCGCCGCGCCUCCGCCCCGCCUCUACCUGGGCCGCGUCCACUGGGCCGUGGCCCCGAACCGAGACCCCCGCAGCCGCCACCACGUCCCGGCGGGGCUUUACGGAGCCGCCCGGUACCCGCCGUACUGCAGCGGCACGGCCUACGUGCUGUCGCGGCGGGCGGCCGCGGCCGUGCUGGCGGCGGCGCGGGCGGUGCCGCUGGCGCUGCCCGAGGACGUUUGGGUCGGGGUCGGGGCGGGCCGGGCCGGGCUGGUCCCGCGGCACUGGGCUCGCCUCGGGGGCGCGCUGCGCGUCCCCGCCGAGCGCUGCUGCCUGGGCCGGGCCUUGCUGAGCGCGCACGGGCUGGGCCCGGCCCGGCUGCGCGGGGCCUGGCGGAGGCUGCGGGAGCCGGGCCGGGCCUGCCCGGAGCUGCUGCGGGGGGCGCUGGGCAGGAUCCGCUGCAGGAUCAUGGCCUGGGGGGAACGGAUCUGGGGACGCGGCGGGGACGGCACUGAGGAGUGA